ACGGGUGAUCAGAAAAGCUCACUUGAGGUUUCAGUUCAGGUGAGCUAUAAAUAUAUUACUGGCCUGCAGUUAUACUAGCAUAAGACAAGUACAAUGUUAUUGGCUUUUGUAAAUAAAUGAUUCAUAAAUGCUUUUACUAAAAUUAAAAGUUUUCAUCAUAGGUUUUAAUUAAUUUAAUUCACUUUCUGUUGGAAUAUAAAAUGGAUCAUAUUAACUGUUAAUCUUAUAUGACUUUCAUUACAAAUGAUAAUACACCAUACCUCAAUAGUUGACCCUUCUACUGACACUUUGGUCAUUGAGAGUGCUUCUUUGUUCUUAAUCCUUUGGACCUCUCCUCUCAAUUUGUUAACCUCCUCUGUCAGCUUUUUCUGUUCUUUCACUUAAAAGAACAUUAAAUAUAUUCCUUAUUUAUGAAGGUUUUGAUUUUGGUCAAACUGUGCUUUCAAUUCUAAUUCUAGGAGAAAUAUGUAUCAAACAAACAAGCAUCAAUUAUAUUAUAAUCACUUAUUUAUUUAUUUAUUCCCCCCAGAAAACAUUAAUAUUUAGACAUAAACAAUUGUUACUGAAAAAUAAUAUAUUACUUUUGAAUAAAUUGAUACUUAUGAAUAAGUUAAUCAUUACAAUAAUUAAAAAAAGAAAGAAAUUAAGUUCCUUACAAAUUUCUGACAACACUGCCAUAAUUUUAUCCUGUGGAGGGAUGUCAACAGUGGGAGGAGCAGGGGGUGAUUCAGGAACUACUCGAGCUAAUUGUGGAGAAUCUGAGAGAUUUGGGAGAGGCCCCACUUGUGAGUUUUCGAAUAGGUCAUCUUGAGAGUCCUGUGAAUAAAUACCAUAUGCACCUUAAUGACUGAAUGUCAAUUAAAAGUUAAUGAAUUGUUUAUUUAUGAUUCCUGUUUGUUUAUGAUAAAACCAAAAUAUCAGACAGUUCUUAGAUCCACUCCUCAUCUUUGUUCGAGUUACUGCCCUUAGACAUUGAGUAAACACGCAUAGAUACUUGUAUUGCAUUAAAAUCUAAACAUUUUAUUCAUAGAUAUGGGUCAGUGUAUUGAAUAUAAACAAAUUUAGCGAUACUUACUGCCAAGUAGUCUCUCUCCAUCUUUCCGAACCUUUAUGUUUUGAUCGUCUGCUAGCGCGUGCUAAAAUAUGCUUGGUUAACUUCGCGCUUGAACCGAUGGCAAGUAAUCAAAACAGUGUGAAAGCGUUUUCUGAACAUUGAUUUUGACACUGACAGUUGGCGCGAUGGCUUUUCGCUGCAACGUCUGUGAUGUGUCAUUUGACAAAAUAAAUCAUUUAAAUCGACACAAUCUUACAAGAAAACACCUAUUAAAUGACAGCUUCAAAAGCCUGAUGAACACCUGUUGUGACAAGGAGGAAAAUAUCGACAAUACGACGAAGUUUAGUUCGUGUUCGUUUCAACGAGACGCAGAAAUUUUAGAAAACAGUUUCGCAACGUUGAUUAACGAUGACGAUUCGGAUACCGAUGGGGAGACUGAACCCGUCUCGGAGACAGAGGAUUAUGAUCUAUUGAAUGAAGGCUUCAGUAGUGACUCUGAGAGCCAAACAUACGAGGACCAAACAAAUGACAGCAAGUGGUAUCCAUUUCCAGACAAGCUGAGUCUUCUUUUAUAUGGAUUGCUUCAUAGUACAACACAUCACAUUAGUUUGGAAGUGGCAAAGUAUGUGUGGUUCAUUUUAAAAGAAGUUGGUGUUCCCAAUGUACCAUCGUUAAAUCAUAUCAGAAACAUGAAAUUUGGGGACUUGGAUGUAAACAGCUUGAUAGCUAAGGGAGAAGAUGACAAUGGUUUACCUUUAUACAUUCUGAAACCAACUGAAAUUGCCAAACUCCACUUGAGCAAUCCUUCAAUAUCAAAGAACAUUGCCAGGUAUCCACGGAAAACUGGUCUUGUACGUGAGCAAAGGGACGGCAGUCGCCUCCAUGAAAUCGGAUCCCCUUGGGCAUCAUUUGGUGAUACUCAUUUUCAUGUGGGUAAUGUUGUGGAAUCAACAGCUGACCAUAUUAUUGGAAUCAUAAGAUCAUUUUACGAGAGUGAAGAGGAAAAUUUUAUUCUGGCUGAUUUAGAAAUAUUGAAACAGGAAAGGAAUGAAGACAAUCAAAGCUGCUUGGUGAAGACAACAAAAUGCAGUGCUGCUCCAUUAUCUAGUUUGUCUGCAUACUCAGCAGAUCACAUAAAAAUUAUGGAAAUGGCAACAUCAGGAAAACUGGUCGAAAUAUCAGAUGAGGAGAAGUCUGAGGUUCUGAAUUCGUAUCAGAAUCAACGCAUUCCGAAACUGUCAAUUCCUGUGAAUUUGUUCAUUGAUGACACAUCUACAAAUAUCAGUAGGAGAUGGCUGCCAAUGCAUUGUGCACAAAUGCAACUAGCAGGAGUUCCUUUCAAAUUCCGUAAUAGUGAAGUCUACUCCAACUACCUUGGAGCCUCUGAGCAUGCUUCAAUGAUGAGCAUAUCUAAAGUUAUUCUACAGGACAUUAAAUCCAGCCAACAAAUUCCAUUUGAGACAUUUCAUGCGGAAAUGAAGACUUGUGUAAAAUUUACAAUGGAAGUUGCUUCACUGAUAGCUGACUUUAACAUGUUAUCAUUGACGUGCAACCAUGCUGGGGCAACAACUUUGAAAUUUUGUCCGAAAUGCCAUGCAGACAGAAAUAGUUGCUUAUCAAAGCAGAGAGAAAGAACGCCCCAGGAAACAAAGAGGACAGUAGAAAGAUUGAAUAUGCGAGGAACAGAAGCAUCAAAGAAACCUUUGAGAAAGGACACAGGUGUGAAGGAGUAUGACAACCCUUUCUGGGACAUCCUUAAUCCCCAUAGAGAUGUACCAUCUGGACUUCUUCAUCUUUUUCAUCUUGGAACAUCAAAACAUCUUUUUAAAGUCUGCAUUGAUUCAUUAACUGAUACUCAGGCAACAUCACUUGAAAGCCAUUUAACUGCUCUAGAUGCCCAUCAGCGAGUGAAAUUUAACAUUACCAAGAAUGUGAACAGCAGACAAGGGAAGGAUUUGAAAAAAUUUAUUCAAGUUGCACCCUUCAGUUUCGAAUAUGCUGGUCUGGAUGCAAGGUUUCUUAAGAUGACCUGUGUCCUGUCUCUGAUAAAUAGGAUUGUGCACUUGGAUACAUUUGCGGAGGAAGAUGUACAUCUGCUUGAUAAUCUUGUCGAGAAGUAUCUCAUUCUUGUUGAACGCCAUGUACCAGAGUUGAUGAACAAAGUAAAGACACAUUUGAUGACCCAUUUGACUGAUGAAAUCAUUCGGCAUGGUCCACCCCUUGCAUACUCUGAGGAUGUAUUUGAGAAGAGGCAUGGUGUGAUCAGAGCAAAGCUAUUUCAUCAGGAAAAUCAGCUGGCCAGAAGUAGAGAUACUGCAGUCAUUUUCGGAAAAAGCUAUUUGUUCCAACAUGUCAUAGUGGGGGGCUAUUUUACAGACAAUGGAACCUGGAGGCAGUGUACAAAGGAGGUGCAGGAUUUAUCCACUAGGAAGGAAAUGUGCAACUUUUUUGGAAAUCUAUCAGAAAUCAAACAAGACUGUGAGAAGCCUUUGCUUUUGAGACCACUUCGUACAGCCAACAACAAAACAAAGCUGCAAGAUAUGUCAGCAUUCCAACACCAAUGCCUCCUAUUGCAGGGUCUUAUUGACCUAGGGAUCCCAUCCCCCUGUUUGGAGGGGAAGAUGAUCAGCUACCAAAUGUGUAGAUGUAAAGAUGGAUCAAGUAUUGCUGAGGGGAUGUCCAUCAUGUAUUUGAGUAGAGAGGAUGAGUUUAAAGUUGGAAUCUUCAAAGGUGGUCUACUCCUUCUUCAGGGUGCUAGGAGAAGUUCAUUAGCAAUUGUUGAAAAGGGGGUUAUACAGCAACCAACACAUCUUGGUUGUCCUGUGAUAGAGUUCUCUGAGGAUUUGGAUGUUAUUCCUAUUACAAAUGUUCUUUCCUACAUGCCACUUGUUCAUCACUGUAUCCAGUGCCAUUGCAGCAUCAAAGAAGGAAAAACCCCAGCCAGGAUUGAACAAGAGGAGACUGAACUCAAGCAUACAAAGUUUAUUAAACACAAGUUAUCCAGGGGACACAGAUUGUUUCUAGUCAAUGUAUAUUCACUAAAAUGUCCAUCUAGUUUUGAUUUUUCUAAACCAUCAGCUUGUGCAAAGUCAUUUUUGAUAUAAAUCUUCUUUGUAUGUAUUUUUAGUAUACUUGCACAAGCAAUCCCCUUGAUGCUCUGAGAAUUUUUUGAAAUAAGUAUACAUGUUUGUUUGCUUUUGUUUUACAGCCCUUUGAGAAUUUUUCACUCAUGUUUGGGAUGUGACCAUCCCUGUUGAAAGGCUGCAAAUAAUAUUUAAACCUAUACUCCACACUUGUGUUCAUUGACCAGUGGGGGAUUUUUUUUUAUGCCAACAUAAAAAAUGUGCUGUAUGGUGUGAUUAUGUAAAGAAUAUGCUGUACAUGUUUUAAUGUAUCAUGGAUUCCUGCUGUACAUGUUUUAAUUUAUGGAUUCAUCACUAAAAUUAAAUUUUAAAAGUAAA